GGACUUCCGUUCUCCUGCACUCGGGCUGCUUCUGCGGUUCGUUCCUUGAGUCUCGUUAAGGGUUUGGACCUAUCCGGAUGGCGCUGAGAACGAUUCGAAUUGAAACCCAGGAAACCCAAAGAAGGAAUCCGGGACUUUAAAGUUUGGAGACGGCCGGGACUGCGAGGCGGGGACUCGGGAGGAGAAUCAACGGGAGAGGCUGGGAGACGGCGCUGCGGGGCCGUGAGGCCUUCGCAGGCUGCUAUGUCCAGAGACAAGGCCCGUCCCAGCCCUGCCGGGCAGCACCCCUCAGUGGGUCUUGCCACGGAGAACUUGGGGGACCCCGCUUCUUGCCCAGCAGAACAGCUUCUCCACCGGUUCUUGCGGCUUUUUGGAAGCGGGGCUCCCUACACAGCCAAGCUGGGGCUUGUCAGAGACCUUUCCACCCUGCUGGAGGCUGUGGACUCUCGGUGGCUGUUUGGGGCCUCUCCAGCCCUGCUUCAGGAACUGGUGGUUGCCCUGAGCCACUAUGCGGCACCUCUCCAGUGGGAGCCAGAGGGAGGAAGAUCCCCCAGGGAAAACCCUUCUGGUGCAGCAGGAGCUGAGCGAGCAGCGGAAGUCAUCCUGGUUUUCUGCAACAUCCUGGCCAAAGUAGAAGAAGCGAAAGACCUUGAGGGGUUGGACUCUGCAGUUACUGGCUCAAUCCUUCGCCAUGUGGUAGGACCCAUCUUCAUCUGCGCAGUGACCCAUGGGGCAGAGAGGCCAUGGACCCAGCCCAGGAGUCAGUGUGGGGCUCAGGAGCUCUUGGAUGCUCUGUUGCGUGUUUUGGAGUAUAAAUCGAUACCUGAGUUCCUCAGAGGCACGCGUGAAGGUGAACAUGGCUGGUUUGUUGUGGUGAUGCAGUGCCUGAAGCCAGAAUUAACCAAAGAAACAUGGCAGUGUAACCCAGCAACAAAGUACGUGUUUUGCUUCGUGCUCCAGGAGAUUCAGAGACCUUGGCUUGGUGAUCACCUGGAAAAAGUUCUGCCACCUUCACUGCUGCUGUCAGAUGACUACCGAGUAGAAAAUAAAAUUAUGGGUGUACAGUGCCUACAUCAUAUUAUUCAAAAUGUGGUAAGGAGAAACUGCAUGCCUACAUUAUUUUGUCCUUUCCCUGCAAAAACAAGCAGAGGCUAUAGUCUCUAAAUCCUCUUCUCUCCAGAUGGAUAAAUAAGAUGGGGAAAUGGCUAUUAAAUCUCGACUGAUUAGAGCAAAUAAUUAUUCUAUAUCAGCCUGAAAAAGAUACAACUAAAACAUUUACAUGUCUUGAAAAUUGUUUUAUGAUAUUGAAAUAGUAAUGAGAAUAAGCAGCAUUAGACAGAUAGGGUUAGCAUUAGGGUUAAUCUUUGAUUUAAAUCACUUUUCAACUCAGUUUUCAACAUCCCUAUUUCACUAACUCAGUCUUUGUGGAAAGGAGAUAUUUAUGGCUGCUAUUUUAGAUUUAAAUGGGGAUAAACAUUUAUGUAUAGGCAGGAGCUAAUCAGUAAACUAGAGAUUGUAUUUAUGCAGAAAAGAGGUAUAUGCAAUCUGAUUAUUUCCACAUGCCUUUUCCUCCUAGGAACUGUUUAAAUAAGCAAAAGGGAAAACAGUAUGCAAAUUCAAUGUUCUACUCUAGCC